AUGUCGGCCACUGGAGAAGAAAAGGUCCAUGGGAGUGGAUCUGAAACCUCAUCAAUUGAACAAGCCGAGAUCUACGAGCGUCCAAGAGGAUGGAGAGGUCUCUACUACCACCCAGCCACACAAGUCUGCUUGGUAGGCUUCGUGUGCUUUAUGUGCCCAGGAAUGUUUAACGCCGUCAAUGGUCUUGGCGCUGCUGGUCAAUUGGAUGCGACUACCAGCGCAAACGCGAAUUCUGCUCUCUAUGCUACCUUUGCAUUCUUCGCUUUUUUUUCUGGUUCUGUGCACAACGUGCUUGGACCUAGACUCUGCCUAUUGCUCGGCACGUGGGGGUAUUCCCUGUACAUUGCGUCAUACCUUGCAACGAAUAUACAUCCCGGUGCAGGUGACUUUAUUGUCGUCUCUGGAGCCAUCUUAGGCGCCUGUGCGGCCUUGAUAUGGACGGCGGAAGGAUCCUUGAUGAUGGCAUACCCGACUGAGGCUCAGAAGGGGACGUUCAUUAGUUACUUCUGGGCUAUCUUUAACCUAGGAAGUGUCGUCGGCUCCUCGGUGGCCUUCGGGUCGAAUUAUAACUCCACGGCGAACAAACUUGGGAAUGGAACCUAUAUCGUAUUUCUGGUCCUCUCGCUUACUGGCGUUGUCUUGCCCCUCUUCCUUGCAGACCCAUACAAGAUGAUACGCACUGAUGGAACCAGAGUCGCGCCCAUCCGUUACCCUUCUUGGAAAACUGAGUUUGUCAGUUUAUUUGUGGCACUGAUAACAGACCCUUGGAUUGUCCUCUUGUUUCCUAUGUUCUUUGCCAGUAACUACUUCUACACCUGGCAAUUCAAUGAUUAUAAUGGCGCCCUGUUCAACAUUCGCACUCGCAGCCUGAAUAACUUGGUUUAUUGGACCGCUCAGAUCUUUGGCUCAUUCUUCAUUGGUCACUUUGUUCUGGAUUUGAGGCGGUUCCGUAGACGUGUUCGUGCAUUCAUGGGCUGGUCGAUUGUAGUGGUCCUCGUUUUUGCCGUUCAUCUAUGGUCAUACUAUUACCAAUUGACUUAUACUCGCGCAUCCGACCCUCCUACAGCCGUCAAGAUGGAUAUCCACGAUCCAGGUUACCCUGCACAUGUAUGGCUCAUGAUUUUCUAUGGUCUCCUCGACUCUAUGUGGCAGACAACUGCCUACUGGCUGAUGGGCGCUAUGUCCAAUGACCCCGCAAAGCUCGCUGUGUUCACCGGCUUUUACAAGUGCUUCCAGUCUGCUGGAUCCGCUGUUGUCUGGCGCCUCGAUGCUGUGCAAAAACCGUAUAUGGACAUUUUCAUUUCAACUUGGGUCUUAGCGGCUGCCGGCAUGAUAUGUGCCCUCCCCUUGGUCUACGUUCGCGUAAAAGAUUACACGGAGAUGGACGAUGAGGCUCUAUUGGCCCGCCCAAACGUCGAGAGACUUCCUGAAGUCUCUGAGAGGAGGUAA